CCAUCAUCUUCUUCUUUUUCUUUUUAUCCUCCUCUCCUCAUCCUCCUCUCUCACUAAUCUCUCUUUUCUGUAUAUUAUUCUCUUGUGUUUGAUUCCCCACACUCAUAUAUUAUCAAAAUUAAAACCCUUGAAAAGUUUCUAAAAGAGAAAAGGAGAGAUCAAAUUAAUUUAUACCAUGGUUUUCUCAUCUGCUCCACCCUAUCUAGAUCACCACAAUUGGCAUCUCCAGUUGCAACAAUCCAACCAUCAACAAGCAAGUGGUGCUGGUGGCGAAAAUCCUAAUCUCCCACCACCACCUCCUCCUCCACAACCUGGUGGCGGGGGUGGUGGUGGUGGUGCAAAUGGAGAAGGUUCGAUCAGACCAGGAUCUAUGGUAGAUCGAGCAAGGAUGGCCAAGUUACCCAUGCCGGAGCCAGGAUUAAACUGCCCACGUUGCAAUUCCACCAACACCAAGUUUUGUUACUUCAACAACUAUAGUCUAACCCAGCCUCGACACUUUUGCAAGACAUGCAGGCGCUAUUGGACCAGAGGUGGUGCUCUAAGAAAUGUUCCAGUUGGAGGAGGUUGUCGGAGGAACAAAAGGAAUAGCAAAAACAGAAGCUCAAAAUCUCCAAGCCAAACCCGGGCUUAA